UCACUGCGCAGAGAGAAGACCUCACGCCCUCACGCCCUCACGCCCCCACACCCUCACGCCCUGUUUGCUUUGCUUUCUCCGCGACUCCUUAGGCUCUGCUCUUGGGGGGAAUUCCCCCAUUCCCCACGAUUUAUUCUUUAAUAAUAUAUGUCCAUAUUCAUUUCUACUCUAUUAUAUUAAAGAAAGGAAAAGAAAAAGAAAAAAACACACACAUGACACUCUCUCUCUCUCUCUCUCUCUCUCCCCUAAAUUAAACCCUCUCUUUGCUCUUCCACAACGCCUUCUCAUCAUCAUCAUCUUUAUAUGCUCGUUCCCUGCUCUUUGUUUUCCGGCGAACAAGUAGAAGCGAUAAGAGUGCGCCAAAGAAAAGCGAGUCAAAUCUGCAUGACCCGUCGAUAUUGCGAGGCAUAGAUCAGGAGGAGAGGAGGAGAGGAGGAGACUCAUAAACUGUUGUACACAGGCAGUUUGCAGUUCUCAGUUGCCAGUUGCCGUUGAAGAAAGACUGAUAAAUAAAGAGAUAUAGAUCGAGGUCUGAGGAUCAAGGAAAAAGUGGAGAGGAGAGUGUGAAAAAGCUUCAAGGCUUUUGAAAAUGAAGUAAUCUCUAUGAAAUUCAAGCAAGAUCUGCUUCGAAACUCUUCAUCGAAUAAAACGCUACUUCACGAGAUCCAAUCCACCUUCAACCAUCGCCGAAUCAACCUUCCUUUGCUGUUCAUAUCUCUUGACCUCCAGCCACUCCAAGAAUCUUCAACCCCAAGCCUAAGAUACUAAUAAACGCAAAAAAGGGAAGAGAAAUCUACACCGUAUCCUCCAAAGUGCAGAAAAGGAGUGAAAAUUCAAAGUUGAAGCAUAAUUUGUAGGAAUGGCAUCAUCGUCGAAUUCCCCAUGUGCAGCAUGUAAGUUUCUCCGGCGAAAGUGUCAGCCGGAGUGUGUGUUUGCGCCAUACUUCCCACCGGAUCAACCUCAGAAGUUUGCCAACGUGCACAAAGUGUUUGGUGCCAGCAACGUGACGAAGCUUCUCAACGAACUGCACCCACACCAGCGCGAAGACGCCGUCAACUCCCUGGCUUAUGAGGCUGACAUGCGGCUCCGAGACCCAGUUUACGGCUGCGUGGGCGUCAUCUCUGUCCUCCAACACCAACUCCGCCAACUCCAGAUGGAUCUCAGCUGUGCCAAAUCUGAGCUCUCCAAGUACCAGAACUUGGGAAUCACCAGUCACGGCCUCAUUGCGGCAGCAGCGGCCGCAGCCACGGCCACGGCCACCACCCACAAUCACCACCACCAUCCACAGAACCUGGGAAUCAACCUCAUUGGUGGUGGCCGGGAUCAUCACUACCAUCACCAGUUCUUCCCAAGGGAGCAACAACAGAUGAUCAGGACCUUUGAUGCUACCAACAACUACGAUGCAAGCCUUCUGGCCAUGAACGUUUCCGCAAGCAUUGGACAACUCAGUCAGUUUCACCAACCGAGGGCUGCUGGAGGCGACGAUCGCCGGAGCAUUGAUCCCUCUUAGGGUUUUCCAGAAAAAAACUUACUCCAAAUCCCAUUAAUGUCUGUUGGUAAUUACCCCUACCCAUCCUUCUAUUAUCAUCUUUAUUUAUUAUUAUUACUCUCUUUAUCCAUCUCUUGUUAUGAACCCUAUGAUAGACUACGAGGGUUGAUGAUGAUGAUGAUGAAGCCCAACGCUUACGGCAACGGAGCGAGCUUCUGAGAUUAGGGUUUGAAGAGAUAAAUUGAAUUUAGAUGCAGUAGGCAUUUUGCUACUUUUUUUUUUUUUUUUCUUUUUCCUAUUUAGUCAAACUGAUAAUAAUGAUCCAUGUAUAGUAUCGUAUGAAAUACAGACACAAUUCCCACUGUUGACCAAA